GCUGUGAAAGAGCAGUUACCGGUGCGGUGCGCUUCUCCAAUUACAGCCAGUCAAUGGAGCGGUGUGGGUUAAUGUCAUCAUCAUCGGCGUUCAGUUCAUUCUUCAGGUUGUAGCGAGAGUCUGUGCGCUAGUCAUUUCUUUUCUUUUCUUUUUUUUUUAAGAAGGCACUCUGAAGUCUUGUGCUGUUCCCUGAGUGGUGAAGAUGUCAGUAGUGGGGAUUGAUUUGGGUUUUCAGAACUGUUAUGUUGCUGUGGCCAGAGCCGGUGGGAUAGAGACCGUCGCCAACGAGUACAGCGACAGAUGCACACCGGCCUUUGUAUCUUUUGGACCCCGAAACCGGGCAAUAGGAGCAGCGGCAAAGAGCCAAGUGGUCACCAACUGCAAGAAUACUGUCCAAGGCUUUAAGCGAUUCCAUGGCAGGGCCUUCACUGAUCCGUAUGUUCAGUCAGCAAAGUCUGGCCUGGUCUAUGACCUCGCUCAGAUGCCCACAGGGACCACUGGCAUCAAGGUCAUGUACAUGGAGGAAGAGAAAGUGUUCAGUAUUGAGCAGGUCACUGCUAUGCUUCUGACCAAACUGAAGGAGACGGCUGAGGCUGCACUCAAAAAACCAGUGGUGGACUGCGUCAUUUCUGUUCCCAGCUUCUUCACUGAUGCAGAGAGAAGAUCGGUUAUGGAUGCUGCACAGAUUGCUGGCCUUAACUGCCUGCGACUCAUGAACGACACCACUGCGGUUACCCUGGCAUAUGGCAUUUACAAGCAGGAUCUGCCUGCCCCCGAGGAGAAACCCAGGAAUGUCGUGUUUGUGGAUGUUGGUCAUGCUGGCUAUCAGGUUUCUGCCUGUGCCUUUAAUAAGGGGAAAUUAAAGGUCCUGGCCUCUGCGUUUGACAGUGAGCUGGGUGGUAAAGACUUUGAUGAGAUACUUGUUCAGUAUUUCUGCAACGAGUUUGCCAAGAAGUACAAACUAGAUGUUCGCUCGAAGCCUCGUGCUCUGGUGCGUCUCUACCAGGAGUGUGAAAAGCUGAAAAAGCUCAUGAGUGCCAACUCCUCUGACCUGCCUCUCAACAUCGAAUGCUUCAUGAAUGACAUCGACGUUAGUAGCAAACUCAACAGAGGCGAGUUUGAGGAGAUGUGUGCGGCGCUGCUGGCUAAAGUGGAGGGACCCCUGCGCAGCGUGCUCGAACAAGCCAAGCUAAAGAAAGAGGACAUUUACGCAGUGGAGAUUAUAGGUGGUGCCUCUCGGAUCCCUGCCAUCAAAGAGCGAGUCAGCAAAUUAUUUGGGAAGGAGCUGAGCACAACACUAAAUGCGGACGAGGCAGUGGCCAGAGGCUGCGCACUGCAGUGCGCAAUCCUGUCUCCUGCCUUCAAAGUGCGAGAGUUUUCCAUCACGGAUGUGGUUCCGUAUCCCAUUUCCCUGAAAUGGAAUUCAGCAGCUGAGGAAGGCUUAAGUGAUUGCGAGGUAUUCCCUAAAAACCAUCCUGCACCUUUCUCUAAAGUGUUAACCUUCUACCGCAAGGAGCCUUUCUCCCUGGAGGCCUACUACAACAACCUGAAGGAGCUGCCAUAUCCUGAUCCCACCAUUGGUAAGUUCACUAUCCAGAAGGUGUUGCCUCAGGCGUCAGGCGAGUGUUCUAAAGUGAAGGUGAAGGUGCGUGUGAACGUGCAUGGUGUGUUCAGUGUGUCCAGUGCCUCCCUGGUGGAAGUGGUGAAGACUGCAGAGGGAGAAGAGCCCAUGGAGACGGACCCUGCUGCCAGAGAGGAAGAGAACAAGAUGCAGGUGGACCAAGACGAGCAGAAGCCCCAGGGUGACGGGCCGAAAGAGAACGUAGAUAAGAAAUCGGACACUGAGGACAUGGAGACUGAGGAAAACAAACAGGAAAAGAAGAACGACCAGCCUCCCCAAGCCAAGAAACUUAAAGUGAAAACGAAGACUGUAGACCUGCCGAUUGAGAACAGCCUGCACUGGCAGCUUACUAACGAGCUUCUCAAUCUGUUUAUGGAGAAUGAGGGGAAGAUGAUCAUGCAGGACAAACUGGAGAAGGAGAGGAAUGAUGCGAAGAAUGGGGUUGAGGAGUAUGUGUAUGAGAUGAGGGACAAACUGCAUGGUGUCCUGGAGAAGUUCAUCAGUGAGGCAGAUCGAGAUGCUUUUAGUCUAAAACUUGAAGACACAGAAAACUGGCUGUAUGAAGAAGGAGAAGACCAACAAAAGCAGGUGUACAUUGAUAAACUGGCAGAGCUGAAGAAACUCGGACAGCCCGUUCAGGAACGAGCGAUGGAGGCGGAAGAGAGACCAAAAGCCUUCGAGGAGCUCGGGAAGCAAAUCCAAAAGUACAUGAAGAUUUUAGAAGCGUACAAAGCAAAGGAUGAGCAGUACGAGCAUCUGGACGAGUUGGAGGUGAUGAAGGUGGAAAAGCAGGUGAUCGAGGCCAUGAACUGGAUGAACAGCAAAAUGAAUGAACAGAGCAAACAGAGUCUGAUGGUUGAGCCUGUUAUUAAAGCCUCUGAGAUUCAAGCCAAAACCAAGGAGCUGUUCUCCACCUGCAACCCCAUCAUCUUAAAACCCAAACCUAAAGUUGAGCCACCGAAGGAGGAGGAGAAGACACCGGAGCAGAACGGCCCAGUUAACGGACAGGAAGGCUCAGAGGCCCAGCCCAGCAGCCCUAACAAAGACCAACUAGCUCCAGAAGCCACAGAGGCCAAGCUGCCAGAAAUGGACAUUGACUAACUCCUCAGUUACUCUGACGUUCUCUCAGUUCUCAUCCAAAUGAUGACUGAAACGAGCUAGCUACCAUUAGUUUUGUUUUCAGAAGGCACCAUAAAUCCUUCCUGACCUUGUGUAUGGUUUCCUUUUGGGUGCCGCCCCCCCCCAAAAAAAAAAAAAGUAAGCUCGCACAUUUGUUGCUCUUUUUCACAUUAAAGAAAGAUGAGCUUGAAGAUGGGGACUUGGGUUCUGUCUCACUUUAAAACAUUCGUGUUCAUGGUUGGAAAGUCUGCUUGAGGAAUUGCGCAGGUGAGGAUGAUGUCGUAUGUUGUAGAAACUGCACACAUUUUAACUUGAGUUUUUUUUUCGAUCCUUGCAUUUAUUUUUCCAUUGUUUAAAAAUUUGUCACUUGGCGUCGCUCAGUUCUACAAAUCCAAAUGAUGUAUGGAAGCACUGAAAAUAAAUAAAAUGAAAAAUAAGAGCAGUGAUGUUGAAAGGCUGCUGUAUGAUGAUGCAGAUCUGUUCCUGUUAUCCUGUAUUUCACUUUCACUGAUGCAUCACUUCAUGGCUGAGGUUGUGCGUGUAUCUUUGCUUUGCUGGGUUCUUCAGGAGGGGGUUUUUAUGGAGUGUUUUUUGUUCUGUUGCCAGCACGAAUAGUAGAGACCAACUAGAUGUUUCUUUUCCAGUCAUGAUAUUUAAAAAAACAAAACGGAUUCAUUUUUGGUGCACUUAUAUGGAAGCUGUUUUGAAAUGUAAUUCAUUUGGAGGUAAAAUCCUUCUGCAAACCCUGUACAAGGUGUUAUGAUCCCUUCAUGUCCUUUCAGAAGAAAAGCAAAAAGGUUGUACAUAAUGCUUUCUGUUUUGCUGAAGUGAAAUAAAGGCCUUGUAAGGAU